AUGUUGGCACCAAGGCAAUUUACAAUAUCAUCAUCAGAGAAAGUUAAAUGUGCAAGAAGAGGUUCAAGUAACGGUUCUUUUUCGACUGGUUUCUGUAAAUCGCAACCUACAGUCAAUAUUGAUGAGCUCGAUGACAAUUUAGCGAAAAUUCUGCGCCCAAAUGUUGAAUUAACGUCUCAAAAGGAAUAUUCCGAAGUUAAGGAAAAUGGAAAUUCUUCAGCUGAUGUAACAUUAUUCAAUCAUCCUACUGCAAAUUCACAAGUGAGCACUCUUGAUUUAAAGGCUCCCAAUUCAUCCUCCAGUACACCCCACCUUACUCAGUGUACUCCAUCCAAGACCAAUGUUCCUCACUUGGUUGACGAUACUCGACUUGAUGCUAGUAUUGCAAAUCAAUCCUCUGAAAUUCCUAAAGAGCCUGCUACUCCAAUCACUAAUGGUCCACCUCCGAAUCCUGUUGCGACCUCAACACCUAUUGUUAACAAUGCUUCUCCCACUGAUGACUCCACGAAUACUCUCCGUUCCGAUUCAAUCUUGAAUAACUCUAAUUCUGAAGUCCACCCCUCCUCAAAUCCGACUAAUCCAACACCUGAAACUUCUACUUUCACCGAGCAGCCCAAAAUCUCUGAUCCCAGGCUUGUUAUAUAUGGCAAUCAUCAAAGCAAAUUGACUGGAUUGUGGAUAGAAGAGCAACUUAAAGGCAGCAGAGAUGGCAGAUUUAUUUUAUCUAAAUUUAAGAACGAUAAAUGCCUAGACAGAGAAGCGAGAAAAUCUUUAGUGGAUAUCGUCAUAUCCGAUGAGCUAGAAGAAGAUCCAUCCAAAUCAAUAUCAACAGAGCGGUUUAUGGAUCUGUCCGCAGCCAUUUGCCAAUGUUUCCCUACAGAAAGGGAAACUACUUUCUAUAUUCCCUUCAAAAAAGAUAGUAAGGGAAACAAAAUUGCUGCCAGAGGUAUGCUGUUUGAUAAGUAUAACUACAUGAAAAAAAAAUUCAAAAAAUCUGGGCUGAUCAUUGGACGGAAAAGAGUCCGAGUUGAUUCUGAAGAAGAAGUUGAUGACGGGCCAGAAUCGCCAGAAGUAUUGAUUGCUAUAGAAUACCUAAAAAAUAAUGCUGAACCCCACGAUGAGAUAGUGAAGUGUGUUGUCACAAGCAAUAAAGCUAGGCUCCGAGAGUUUCGGAGGAACAACCAAACGGCAGAUGAAUACAUCACAACGUACGCGGCUUUCGCCAAAACUACAGGAUUUAUUUAU